CAAGCGGAACUGUUUUUGAUCCCCGAGGGACGCAGCCUUCACAUUCCACGCAUUCCAGAGGCCGUGAACAAUCGGAGCUCGGUCAUUUAUUAGCAGAGCCCCUCCCGUCCUGAGCUCAGUCUGCUGGAGGAGCUCUCCAGACGCGCACGCAGCUCAAACACACGCAUGGAAAUAAAAGCCGUACUCAACGAAUUUCCUUAAGGAUUAUAUUGUUUACGAGAUAAUACAAGUACAGAAAGACGUCUACUACUUUAAUUCGUUAUGCGAUUGUGACUUGGUUCACAGUCUAGUCCAAAAAUCUCUCCUAACACGCUAUUAUUGAUUGCUGCCUGCAAAACAAAGACUGAAAUGAGAACGGCAGAGGAUUCAUCAGGCACGGUGCUACACCGACUGAUUCAAGAGCAGCUUCGUUAUGGGAACCCUACUGAUCCUACUCUGUUGGCUAUCCAGCAGCAGGCUCUGCGUGGAAGCAGCAGUGGUGGAGGUGCAGGAAGCACUCGUUCAUCCCUGGAAAGCCUUACACAAGAGGAAUCACUUUCUCCCCAGUUGACCACCCGGCAGGAGCCCCAGGGCCAAGAGCACCAGGGGGACUACCAGCAUUCAGAGAGUGAUGUCUGCCAAAUGUAUCAGCUCCACACAGAGGAGUUGCCUACUUAUGAGGAAGCAAAGGCUCAUUCACAGUACCUGGCCUACCAGAGAGGUCAAGUAGGGCUUCUGCACGGCAGCCUGGAGACCCCUGGAGUGGUUGGAGGAACCGAGCAGGAAGAGAGAAUGUGGGGUGUGAAGCGGGAGCAUGCUCGCUCGCUCAGCGAACACCUCAUGCAGCUCUCGCUGGAGAGGAACUGUGCCCAUGACAAUAUUCCCAUGAGCUCAUCGCAUAGCUACCCCCAGCUCUCCAAUAACCACUCUGGUCCCGUUGUGAACGAGAGGUCAAUUCAUGAGCAAGACCAACGCGGUCCACCUCCGGAGUACCCCUUCAUGGUCAGAUCCUCUGGAUAUAUGCUUAGUCAUUCACAGGAACAUGGGCACUAUUACAAAGAGCCUCCCCCUGCUUUCCACUCACAGCAUCACUGGUUAUUUCCAACCCAGCCGCAAGCGCCUUGCCAUAGCGGCCUGCCCUCGUUGACCCCUGCUGGCCAGGAUGUCAUUGUUGGAGGAUACAGCAUCCCGGUGAACAACUGCCAAAUGGAGCAGCUCAUUAAAGAGAAUGAGAGACUGAAAGGAGAAGUAGAGAGCUACAGCGAGAAGGCAGCAAGGCUUCAGAAGCUCGAACAGGAGAUUCAGAGGAUAUCGGAGGCUUAUGAGACUCUUAUGAAGGGAUCUGCAAAGAGAGAAGCCCUUGAGAAAACCAUGAGGAACAAGCUUGAGAGUGAGAUCAAGCGACUUCAUGACUUCAACAGAGAUCUCAGGGACCGCCUGGAAACAGCCAACAAACAGAGAGCAGUCAUGGAAGUUGAAGACAAGAGUCGGCAUGCCUUCGCUAAACUGGUUGAGCAAAAUGAAGAUCAACUUCAUGAGCGGGAACUUAUGGAAAAAGAGUUGCAGCAUCUGCGGGUCUCAGGAGAAGAAUGGAAGAGGUGGCGAGAAGCCUUGGAGAAAGCCCUGAUGUCCGCUCAGACCCGAAAUAGGCAGCUGGAAGAAGAGUUACGCAGGAAAAGAGCUUAUGUGGAGAAGGUGGAGAGAAUGCAGAGCGCCCUUGCACAGUUGCAGGCGGCAUGUGAGAAGAGGGAGGCACUGGAGUUACGACUACGGACCAGACUGGAGCAGGAACUCAAGAGCCUGAGAAGACAGCAGUGGCAGUCUCAAGCCCAGCAAACGAGUCCUGGGUCCUACUCGGACCUUAACGUGUCAUCGCUGCAUCAGCAGCUGAGGGAGAGAGAGGAGCAGGUUCUGGCCCUGGAGGCUGACAUAACCCGCUGGGAGCAAAAGUAUCUUGAGGAGAGCACGAUGCGUCAAUUUGCCAUGGAUGCUGCUGCCACUGCUGCAGCUCAGAGGGAUACAACAAUCAUCAACCAUUCACCUCGCCAUUCACCCAAUAGCAGCUUCAAUGAGGACCUGCUGUCCCCCAACCACAGGCAUCAGGAGAUGGAAAACCGGAUUCGGGUGCUUUAUGCUCAACUUUUGGAGAAAGAUGCCAUUAUAAAGGUCAUGCAGCAGCGGUCACGGCGAGAGCAAGGCCGACCUGAGUCUAAAGGCCUACGACCCGCUCAAUCUGUUCCCUCCAUCAACACCGUUUCCACAGCUAGCACCACCAAAACCAAAGGGAAGAGCCUCUCAGAUGACCAGACGGCAGCCGCGUCGUUGCCCCAUCCUCUCACCAAAACCCAGUGUCAAGACAGUAGCACCCAGUGUGAAGAACCUUCAGACGAGUCCAAUCCUAAGACAGAACCUGCUCCAGAACCUUCCAUUGCUCCCAGUUCUGAUUCCACUCCUCUCAACAAAACUCAGAUCAGCAGCGCUGUUGAAAAUGACAUGGUGGAGAUUCUCAUAUGAGAUGAACAAUGUUCAGCUUGAUGCUGCCUGCUGGUCUUAUGCAGAAAAGAUUGUCUCCGUGGGGCUCCAUCUGAGGACCAACCAUAUCAAGAGAUGUGUUUGCUUUGAGAAGGAGCACACUAUUGCAGCCGGUCAGUUUUGUAACAGACCGAGAGAAGAACUGAUUUUGGGAGUAACCAUAAACCGAUCCUUGGUGAAGGAGAGCUGAGCUCUCUUGACAGUUCCUCUACUCUCAUCCUGGACUGUGAGAACUAUGGAACAUGGACAGUUCUCUACACAGCUCCAAAAGGCUUAAGUGCUUAUAUACACAUUGUAUAUGUUGAUGUUCUUUUGUAUUUAUAAGUAUUGCUGCUGACUGUGUGACAGAAUGGAGAGAUAGGAAGAAAUAUCCCACUGUUGUGAAACUUUUGUUUUUGCAUUUGUUUUCCUUUAAGGAACAACCUAGUGCAGUGGUUUUUUUUUUUUUUUUUUUUUUUUUAAACCAACUAAGUAUACCAACCCAUGUAUGACUAUAUCCCACAUUCCAUUGAUAAAUGCACAGACAAAUAUAUCUCUAACUUUAAGUGCUCCAUGUAUAGUACAUGUACCAUCGCAACUGUUUCAUUCUUAAAUAUCAAGAAAAAAUAGUUUGGAUUGUAGUUUGAAACAACACCGUUUGAACCUGGAGGCCUGGGAUUAGACUAUUUACCAGAAUAGUUGGGUAAAUACCUUCACUAGCACUCCCUUUGACUAAAUUAUCAUUACAGUUGGCGUUCUUACUAUAACUGACUGACAGCGGGCGAUUCUGGCUCCCUGAUUUAAGCAGAGGAAUGGGAAGCUUCUUUUAGUGACACUUAGGGCAAAUGUUACCCUUAGUGGGGACGGGGCUGAUGUUUCAGAUGCCAUAUUAUUAUUAUUUUGCACCCAGAACAGCAACCAUCAUGCUUGCCACUCCUAUGCAGACAAGCCGGAGCUAAUCUUCCCACAUUCCUCCGUGGCGGAAUGUCCCUGCACAGAGGAAAAAGGCUAUUUGCAGUCUGGACCUUUGGCCUUAUUCAGAAUGGCUAGCAUUUAGACUACCAUCCCUUUUUGGAUCCAUUUAUUUCCAUAGUGCUGCAGCAGCUGGUUCUAUUGUAAGCAUUCUAUGCUAGUUUGAUUAUGUGACUCCGAGGUUCUCCAAUGUGACUAGCCUUGAUUUCUGAGACAGAGACUUUUCUGCCUGUUCUCAAUCAAGACUACACUUGCGUUAUGAUGGGAUAAUGGUAUAACUGUUACCGUGAAAACAAAGUCUUAUCUAUGUGGGUAAUAAGUAUCAUACCAUGUUAAUUUAACCUUUCUCACUAUCAUUAAAUGCUACUUUGAUUUCCCUAUUGGCUCUGAUACAAAGCACUUGCUGGUCAGUGCCUUGUAGUGGAGUCAUGCUUGUUUUGUUCAUUACUUUGACUGUUUACAGAAAGGGCUGUUUAGAAACGAGAUAAUUUAAUAUAUUUUGUAUAUUAUUUUACUUUUUGGUAUUUAGUAAUGUGAACAUGCCAAAGAUUUGCAUUACAACUAAAUUAUAUAAUAAAAGUAUGAGUAUUAGUAACGUGAAAUGUAGAUACGCAGUUGACCCAUAUUUGGAUGUUGCUGUGAACUUCAAGAAUGGGCAGUUGUUUUGUAUGUCAUUAACAUUUCAGUAAUUUGAAUAAAACUUUUAAUAUAUAAGUUUAUAAAGA